AUGUCCGCUGCCGCGACAGCACGCAUCGCGACCAAGGUGCUCGCGGCCCCUACCCGCCGCGCCGCCUCCUUCUCCACGGUCCCGUCACGCGGAGCCGGCGGUCCCACAGCGGGAGGGAAGACCAGGGUCGACGUCAACAACAAGAAAUCCGGCGAGAGCGCCGUCGAGGUCCCUGUUUUCGAUCUCCGACACAUCACGUCGAGUCCGCGGGCGCGGUUCUGGCUGAUUUCAGCGCUCUGCGUGGCUGGGAGCGUCGAGAUGUACGGGUGGUACACAUUCGGCCCCAGGAUUUUGGGGUGGGAGGAGGGCCGCAAGGGCGAUGAGGACGUUCAAGGGCGUUGA